UCUGUCUCAAUGCCCACUGCGUAAUAAACAUCUGACAGAGUUACGGGACAUUAAACGCUGUAGCAUACAGGCAUUACUGAAACAUCUUCUGAUUCGGAUUUUUCUGAACGUCACUUAAGGGAUAAAUAAUGUUAUUGACGCAUCGACGGUUGUUAUUUAUAUUCAUCUCAACUUUAGCUGUAAUAGUCCUUAAUCUAACUCCCGUCACAGCCGAAUCUAUUACAAGUUCCACAAAUAACACCGAUUUGACGAAUGGCACAACUGUCACAAAUUCAACUUCCUUCACAACACUAGGAAAUGCAACCACACCAUCUGUAACUACACCAGCUAACACUACAGCACCAUCUUCCACAACACCAGGAAAUGCAACCACACCACCCAUAACUAUACCAGCUAACACUACAGCACCAUCUUCCACAACACCAGGAAAUGCAACCACACCACCCAUAACUAUACCAGCUAACACUACAGCACCAUCUUCCACAACACCAGGAAAUGCAACCACACCACCGAUAACUACAUCAGGUAACACUACAGUACCAUCUUCCACAACACCAGGAAAUGCAACCACACCACCGAUAACUACAUCAGGUAACAGUACAAUACCAUCCUUCACAACACCAGGAAAUGCAACCAUACCACCUGUAACCACACCCGCUAACACUACAGCACCAUCUUCCACAACACCAGGAAAUGCGACCACACCACCUGUAACCACACCAGCUAACACUACAGCACCAUCUUCUACAACACCAGGAAAUGCAACCACACCACCCAUAACUACACCAGCUAACACUACAGUACCAUCCAUUACUACACCAGGAAAUGCAACCACACCACCGAUAACUACAUCAGGUAACAGUACAAUACCAUCCUUCACAACACCAGGAAAUGCAACCAUACCACCUGUAACCACACCCGCUAACACUACAGCACCAUCUUCCACAACACCAGGAAAUGCGACCACACCACCUGUAACCACACCAGCUAACACUACAGCACCAUCUUCCACAACACCAGGAAAUGCAACCACACCACCCAUAACUACACCAGCUAACACUACAGUACCAUCCAUUACUACACCAGGAAAUGCAACCACACCACCGAUAACUACAUCAGGUAACAGUACAAUACCAUCCUUCACAACACCAGGAAAUGCAACCAUACCACCUGUAACCACACCCGCUAACACUACAGCACCAUCUUCCACAACACCAGGAAAUGCGACCACACCACCUGUAACCACACCAGCUAACACUACAGCACCAUCUUCCACAACACCAGGAAAUGCAACCACACCACCUGUAACCACACCAGCUAACACUACAGCACCAUCUUCCACAACACCAGAAAAUGCAACCACACCACCCAUAACUAUACCAGCUAACACUACAGCACCAUCUUCCACAACACCAGGAAAUGCAACCACACCACCGAUAACUACAUCAGGUAACAGUACAAUACCAUCCUUCACAACACCAGGAAAUGCAACCAUACCACCUAUAACUACACCAGCUAACACUACAGUACCAUCCAUUACUACACCAGGAAAUGCAACCACCCCACCGAUAACUACAUCAGGUAACACUACAACACCAUCCUUCACAACACCAGGAAAUGCAACCAUACCACCUGUAACCACACCCGCUAACACUACAGCACCAUCUUCCACAACACCAGGAAAUGCGACCACACCACCUGUAACCACACCAGCUAACACUACAGCACCAUCUUCCACAACACCAGGAAAUGCAACCACACCACCGAUAACUACAUCAGGUAACAGUACAAUACCAUCCUUCUCAACACCAGGAAAUGCAACCACACCACCUAUAACUACACCAGCUAACACUACAGUACCAUCCAUUACUACACCAGGAAAUGCGACCACACCACCCAUAACUAUACCAGCUAACACUACAGCACCAUCUUCCACAACACCAGGAAAUGCAACCACACCACCCAUAACUAUACCAGCUAACACUACAGCACCAUCUUCCACAACACCAGGAAAUGCAACCACACCAUCUGACACUACAGCACCAUCCUUCACAACACUAGGAAAUGCAACCACACCACCCAUAACUACACCAGCUAACACUACAGCACCAUCUUCCACAACACCAGGAAAUGCAACCACACCCAUAACUACACCAGCUAAUGCUACAGCCCCAUCCUUCACAACACCAGGAAAUGCAACCACACCAUCUGUAACUACACCAGCUAACAUUACAGUACCAUCCAUUACUACACCAGGAAAUGCAACCACACCACAGAUAACUACAUCAGGUAACAGUACAACACCAUCCUUCACAACACCAGGAAAUGCAACCAUACCACCCAUAACCACACCAGCUAACACUACAGCACCCUCCUUCACAACACCAGGAAAUGCAACCACACCACCCGUAACCACACCAGCUAACACUACAGCACCAUCUUCCACAACACCAGGAAAUGCAACCACACCACCUGUAACCACACCAGCUAACACUACAGCACCAUCUUCCACAACAUCAGGAAAUGCAACCACACCCUCAGUAACUGCACCAGCUAACACUACAGCACCAUCCUUCACAACACCAGGAAAUGCAACCACACCACCCAUAACUACACCAGCUAACACUACAGCACCAUCUUCCACAACACUAGGAAAUGCAACCACACCACCCGUAACCACACCAGCUAACACUACAGCACCAUCUUCCACAACAUCAGGAAAUGCAACCACACCACCCAUAACUACACCAGCUAACACUACAGCACCAUCUUCCACAACACCAGGAAAUGCAACCACACCACCCAUAACUACACCAGCUAACACUACAGCACCAUCUUCCACAACACCAGGAAAUGCAACCACACCCUCCAUAACUGCACCAGCUAACACUACAGCACCAUCUUCCACAACACCAGGAAAUGCAACCACACCACCCAUAACUAUACCAGCUAACACUACAGCACCACCUUCCACAACACCAGGAAAUGCAACCACACCACCCAUAACUAUACCAGCUAACACUACAGCAUCAGGAAAUGCAACCACACCACCCAUAACUAUACCAGCUAACACUACAGCACCACCUUCCACAACACCAGGAAAUGCAACCACACCACCCAUAACCACACCAGCUAACACUACAGCACCAUUUUCCACAACAUCAGGAAAUGCAACCACACCACCCAUAACUAUACCAGCUAACACUACAGCACCACAUUCCACAACACCAGGAAAUGCAACCACACCACCCAUAACCACACCAGCUAACACUACAGCAUCAGGAAAUGCAACCACACCACCCAUAACUAUACCAGCUAACACUACAGCACCACCUUCCACAACACCAGGAAAUGCAACCACACCCUCCAUAACUGCACCAGCUAACACUACAGCACCAUCCUUCACAACACCAGGAAAUGCAACCACACCACCCAUAACCACACCAGCUAACACUACAGCAUCAGGAAAUGCAACCACACCACCCAUAACUAUACCAGCUAACACUACAGCACCACCUUCCACAACACCAGGAAAUGCAACCACACCCUCCAUAUCUACACCCGCUAACACUACAGCACCAUCUUCCACAACACCAGGAAAUGCAACCACACAACCCGUAACCACACCCGCUAACACUACAGCACCAUCUUCCACAACACCAGGAAAUGCAACCACACCACCCAUAACUAUACCAGCUAACACUACAGCACCACCUUCCACAACACCAGGAAAUGCAACUACACCCGCUAACACUACAGCACCAUCUUCCACAACACCAGGAAAUGCAACCACACCACCCAUAACUAUACCAGCUAACACUACAGCACCACCUUCCACAACACCAGGAAAUGCAACCACACCACCCAUAACCACACCAGCUAACACUACAGCACCAUCUUCCACAACACCAGGAAAUGCGACCACACCACCUGUAACCACACCAGCUAACACUACAGCACCAUCUUCCACAACACCAGGAAAUGCUACCACACCAGCUAACACUACAGCCCCAUCCUUCACAACACCAGGAAAUGCAACCACACCACCCGUAACUACACCAGCUAACACUACAGCACCACCUUCCACAACACCAGGAAAUGCAACCACACCCAUAACUACAUCAGGUAACAGUACAACACCAUCCGUCACAACACCAGGAAAUGCUACCACACCCAUAACUACACAUGGGAAUUCUACAACAACACCUCUAACCACAAGCAACUCUACUACUGGAGCUACUACUAACCCAACUAACACCAUAACCCCACAAGCAACUUGUCCUAAUGUGCCAUGCCCAGCACUCAGCGUCUGUAUAAAUUUAACCUGUCAGUGUCUGUCAGGAACCUUGCUUGAAAACGGUGUCUGUGUGGAAAAAAAAAUUUUCUCUAGUGAGCUGCAUUUUAACCUCGAUUUUUCAGUCAAUAUGAGUGAUCCUCAAUCACUUGCAUUCAAGAACAUUGCUGCUGAGAUAAUUAAUGCGGUAAAUAAUGCAAUGAGAAACCGACCAGGCUACAUUAGGACUGAAGUUCUCAAGUUAAGGGCUGGCAGUAUAGUGGCUUCAGUAAACAGUUUUUUUGAGAACCGUUCUCCAGUCACCCAGACGUUAUUUGAUGAGACUAUGACUAAAGCCAUAGCAGAAUGCAAUGUGACAAACUGUGGGAUUCUUGCUAAUGCUACUUAUACUAGGACCAGUGCAUGUGAACUGUCACCUCCUCCUUGUGAUCUCAACACCACAGAAUGUAAUGUUACUGAUGGUCUUGCCAGCUGUAACUGCAAAUCUGCCUAUGUACGCAGUCCUUACCAGACCAGGAGCUGUAUAGCCUGUCCCAGUGGUCAACAAGCAGAUAAUAGCAAAUGUGUUCCAUGUCCGUUUGGCUAUUCUGGGUUCAACUGCAAUGACUCCUCCCUGUUGGCUUUAGUGGUGGUGGCGUGUGUCUUAGGGGGAAUUCUGCUCAUUACAAUUUUGGCUAUUCUCAUCUACAUCUGUUGUACUCGUGGCAGGGAAAAGACUCAGGAAAGUUAUUAUAACAGCCCAUACCCUGCUGAUGACAUCCAGGCCACGUGGCAGUCACAGGGCGUCACCCGUAUUCCACGUGCCAAUCUCACUUCCACUUCCAGUGGCAACAGCCUGGAGAUGACAGAGGGUGCUGGAAGGAAAUUCCCUAAUAAUGGAUUUAAGAUUAAAAAGAAGACGGGCUCAUAUGAUCUCACAACAGACGGCAUGAAGACCUUUACGGGGAAAAACUCGUCACGUUACUCCUACUUGGUGGGUCAUGAAAACCCCUACUACCUGGACGGAGGAGAUAGGAGCACCACAUGAGCAGAGAUGCCUGCAGGUUGUGGUACGGGCGUAUAAUGUACGAGAGGGACAGAUAAAGGAAUGAGAAGAGAAGUUAACAGUGCAAUAAAACAUAAUAUAAAAGGCCUUGGAUCAAAUAUGAAAAGUCUGAAAUAUGAAAGUUGAAACUGUCAAACUCAUCUAAUCUUUUAUUUCCCAAUUUCUUUCACCCAGGAUGAAAAAAUGCAAACUUACUAGAAGUGCAUUGAUGAUUGGGUUUUAGUUUUAAACACCAUGCACACUCCGAAAUCUGUAGAUUUUUUAUUUGUUAUUUUCAUUUUGAAAGUUUUGUUAAUGCACCUUUUAGAGCUCUUGCAUAUGUUACUACAGUACAGAAAAUGCUUUAUUAUGAAGGAUAACAUUUAAAGUUUACAAUGAAAGACUCUUAAGAUUUACAUUAAUAUUGAACCCAUUUCAUUUAGCUAACAAGUGACAAAUUAUAUAAUGUAGUCCGGUAGAACGACGUUACUAGCACUCUUGUUAAAAUAAGCAUAUUUUUCUACACAGUUGUAUCAUAUGUGUGUAUUUCCAUAUCUUUAAGAUAAUGUCUUCCAGAAAGGUCUUAAACUCUUUUGGUUGAAACCUGCAAAGAAUUUGUAUGUUUUGUAUCAGGAAGAUGCAUGUCACCAGAAAGUUAACUCUUGUGCCUGAAUGUGAUGUCUUUUGAACAGAUUUCAUUUAAAGGGGGAUUUACAAAAAGUCCUCCUUUGCAGUUGUGCCAACAAUCAUAUUUAUUCCAAUCAAUUCAUGUUGAACUAUUUGGUUCAUAUAUCACUAAUUUAUGUUUUUGGACUAUUUUUGUCUGUUCAAGCUUUUGUAAAACAAUACUGCUCUUUUGGGACAAAGAUUACUUUAUUCUGUAUAUUGAAAGGAAAUAAACUAAAACUUUAGUUAUCCUACAUUUGCCA